AUGUCAAGGUCUUUUAACUUCAAAGCCCUUAGAGGAAAGUUCAAAACGACUGUUGUGACCGAUGAGCUGGCGCUGGAAGAGAGCCUUAGAUUACUCUUGUCUAAGGUUAAUGAAAAGCUGCAUGAGAGAGGUAAUGUCCCUGAGAGAGUUGUGGCUUUAGAUAUAGAGAAGUCAUUCUGCUCAGCUAGUUACGGAAUGGUCAAGGAAAGAGUUGUAGUGUUGAUGCUAGGUGUAGAAAAUGAUUGCCUUAUUAUACACCUUACACACUUCGAGAAACUACCCACUUCCCUUUCCAAGUUUCUCGAUCUUUCAGAUAUAACAUUUGUUGGUGUCAGCAUCAAAAGCAACCUGGCUGAUCUUCAACGAGAUUAUGGGAUUCAAUGCAGGAAUGGGGUUGAUCUGGGAGUCUUUGCUGCUGCUGUUCGAGAUUCGACUGGCAUAAGUGCAUAUCCUUUGCCGUGUAUUGUUCGUUGUUCCAACAUUGAUUUUUGUAAACCUGCUGAUGUAGCUUUUAGUGAGUGGGGUACAAGUAUGCUAAGUGAGAAACAAAUCGAGCAUGCUAGUUUGGUAGUCCAUAAGACCUUUAAGAUUGUGGAACAAUUAUGGCAACGUUACUUAAGUUAA